UGCUUUAGAGCGCGCUCGGAGGCGGUCCGGUUGCCUCAGAAUUGCUCGGAGAUAUCAACGAAAGAGCGAAAGCGAGCGGACCCGCAGUCAUAGCUGAGCACAUAUUUCGGAGUUGAUCGUAGAGAUUUUAUUUAGCUGUCGGCGGCCCUUGACAGGAUGUCCAGUGAGGUACAGCAGAGGCCGGACGACAGUCCCAACACCAGCGGCGGCAGCUCGGACGCCGAGCAGCGGGAGACGGCUCCGGCCGAACAGGCCCCCGAGAGGGAGCGCGAUCAGACCCAGCCCAAAAAGAAGGAGGCCAAGAUCUCCAGCAAGACUGCUGCCAAACUCUCCACCAGUGCCAAGAGGAUCCAGAAGGAGCUGGCGGAAAUCACUCUUGACCCACCCCCCAACUGCAGCGCCGGUCCAAAAGGGGAUAACAUCUACGAGUGGAGGUCGACCAUCUUGGGGCCCCCUGGUUCCGUGUAUGAAGGUGGUGUUUUCUUCCUCGACAUCGCUUUCACGCCAGACUACCCCUUCAAACCCCCUAAGGUGACGUUCCGCACAAGAAUCUACCACUGCAACAUCAACAGCCAAGGUGUGAUCUGCUUGGACAUCCUGAAGGACAACUGGAGUCCCGCCCUCACCAUCUCCAAGGUGCUGCUGUCCAUCUGCUCCCUACUCACAGACUGCAACCCCGCGGACCCACUGGUUGGGAGCAUCGCCACACAGUACCUAACCAACAGAGCCGAACACGACAGGAUAGCUAAACAGUGGACCAAGCGCUACGCCACAUAGACUGCCCGCCACCAUCACCAACCACCACCACCCCCACCCAACCCCCAAACACACACCUCAGCACCCCAGGACCUGUCAAAGCACACCCACCCAGACCCCACCCAGUCCACCCCACCCAUUAUCCCCAAUGCACCCUCCCGACUCCUGAUGUUCUCCCCUCUGUGGAAAAAAAAAAAAGAAAAAAAGAAAAAAAUAAUGAUCUUUUUGUUCCUUGUUGACUUGAAAGCUUUUUUUAUACAGUGUGAUGUAUACAAAGAGUAGAUUGGGAUUGUAUUUUCCAAUACACUGAAUGUUGGUAAGGUCAUAAAAAGCUUUAUUAUUAUUAUUGUUGUUAUUGUUAUUACAAUUAUAAUUAUUAUUAUGAUUAUCAUUAUUACACGUGUAAUAUUAUCAUCUGGGAGUGUGUAUGUGUGUGUGUGUGUAUGUGUGUUUUGUUUCCUUCUAUCCUGUUUCUACUAUUACGCAAACCAAUGGAAAUACACACCUCUGAUCCACCCGCAAUG